GAGUAAUCGAGAAUGGAAUGGAGCUCGAAUGGUUUUCAUCUGUUUUCAUCCACUGGUUGUACGUUGAGCAAAGCAGUUAGUGUUUACGCGUUGUUUGUAUGAAGAAGCAAUAGAAUAUAUUGAAUAAAAUACUUAUAGAUAACUAAAGAUAAGGAAAUAAUAUAACAAUGACGACGGAAAUAUUAAAUAACGAGGCUGCUGACAACAAGAUUAGUAACAGGGAGGAUAUCCGUCGAACGUUCUACAAAAGUCGAAUCAGGAAAGAUAAUAUUAAAUUGGAACUUGACGACGAUACACCUCAGGAGGAAAGACGCAAACUCUUAUUGGAGUAUCAGAAAAAACACAGAGAAGAAGCAUUCAACACUGCACGUGGUAUACUGAAAGACAUAUAUUUUCCUGAUGAGGAAGAUGGGGAAGAGUCUAUGGAUGUGGAACAGUAUCGUUCAAAAUCCAAAUACUACGGACGUCCUAGGCACCAUCUAAUGAUGCUAUCUGAAUGGAUGACAGACGUGCCACAAGAUCUCAUAGAAAACUGGAUCAUGGUCCCAUGCCCAGAAGGAAAACGAAGUAGACUAGUUGCGGGCAAGGGCAUAACCAAAGUAUACAGUAGGAAAGGCGACCUGUGCAGCACCUUUCAUUCGGCGCUUCCAGGCGGAAAUCCGAACGCCCACCGGCAUCACUAUACCGUUUUAGAUUGCAUAUGGGUCAGCAGCCAAAGCAUCUACUACAUAUUGGACGUGCUAUCGUGGCGCGUACAACCGUUCACAAAUUGCGAGGCCGCCUUUAGAUUACAUUGGAUCAAAACCAGGAUCAGUGAGGUAGAGGAACUCAAAGAACGUGACACCGAAGACAAUGCACAUCCCAUUUUACCUUUACCACAUAUCAAGUGUGAUUCGGACCUAAGUGUAGCUCUAAACGACCUCGUUCCGAAAUUACCUCCUCUGGACGGAUUAUUGUUUUAUCACAGUAAAGCCUACUACAAUUUCGGACGCACCCCGCUUGUCACGUGGCUGAAACCCUUUAUGAUGCCCGAGGUACUCGGAAUAUCGGCACCCUCACCGCUUGACGAGAAACCGGACAAUUAUGUGAGCUUCGAAGAUCACGUUAACAACGCAACGCGAAAGAUUCAGCGCUCGAAGAAAGUCGUGAGAAAUUUCAUGGAGAUUGUAUAGGAAGACUUCACUGAUAGGAAGAUAGGACAUUUUUACGUUACAGUAUAUUUUAAUAUCUUGACAUUUGCAACAAUUUAUAUACCAUGAGCGCAAAUGUGGAAACGAUUUUAUUAACACUUUGCACUCCGAUCAACCUUUUGAUAUUAUUGACCAGCAAUAUUUUUGUGGUGAGGUGCUUUUGGCACUACGCAAAUUGACACAAACUGACCAUGUCUUGUAUAGAAGCCAAGGGAGUGCAAAGGGUUAAAAUUAGACAAUUUCGACGAAAAAUAAAUGAGAAAUUUUAUUCUAACAA